UCUGUACUUCUGUCUCUUUCUAGCUCGUUUAUUUAAUCUUCACUGGGAAACGCAUCCAUUACAGAUAGAGCAGCUAUGUGUUAUAUCAAGCUCUGAAAAAAUGCAACUAGAUCAGCAGCGCCUCCGACUACACUGGGGACUGUGACGAUAUAUUUACCACAGAGGCUAUCGUGGAUUUGAUUGGUUUCAAACAGAGGGUGUCUUUAAUUUCUGGAUUAAUGCCACAAUUCCAAACAAACAAAAAAAGAGUCAAGGUAAAUAUAGACUUUUAAUAAAGACACCAUUUCUAAAAGCAGGACAAAGAGACAUGCCUUGAUGCUUUCCAAUGGGUUAAUUAUCCCACUGUGACUCUCGGAUUGAUUUGCAAUAACAAUUGUAUGAAAGUGCUAGGUUUAAAAACGCAGUAAACUUAUUUCUCGACUUGUUCCAAUUGUAAUUGUGUCAUGGUUCGCCUGGGACACGGUUGGACUGUCUGAUCUGACGUUUUCAGUUGCCUUCAGCUGGCUGCCGAGCGCUUGUUUCUCGCUAAGAGUCAAGUGCAAGCUAUCUUGUGCUGCCCUGUUCCUGUGUGGAUAUUCAUGGUGAGAGGACCGAGUCGACGACACAGAUGAAACGAGAGAUGGCUUCUCGCAAAAUACAUCUCCAAUGUCCCAUCGCGACAAUUAACGUUUCAUUUCUCCGAAAAGUGAUCUUCUGGACAUUUCUGAUCGCGUGCCUUCCAUCCUGUUCUGGAAAAAGUGAUGAUGAAGAUUAUGAAGAUUUGAUUCUUAACAAAACAUGGGUAUUGACACCAAAAGUUUAUGAAAGUGACGUUACUCUUAUUUUAAACAAUUUAUUGGAAGGGUAUGACAAUAAACUCAGACCUGACAUAGGAGUGAAGCCAACAAUAAUUGGUACUGACAUGUAUAUAAAUAGCAUUGGUCCAGUGAAUGCUAUCAAUAUGGAGUAUACCAUUGACAUAUUUUUUGCCCAAACGUGGUAUGAUAGACGUCUCAAAUUUAAUAGCACGAUGAAAGUCCUCAGACUCAACAGCAACAUGGUUGGCAAAAUAUGGAUACCAGACACAUUCUUUAGAAAUUCCAAGAAGGCUGACGCCCAUUGGAUAACGACUCCGAAUAGAAUGCUUCGGAUAUGGAAUGACGGAAGAAUAUUGUACACACUAAGAUUGACAAUUGAAGCUGAAUGCCAGCUACAACUACAUAACUUCCCAAUGGAUGAACACUCAUGCCCUUUGGUAUUUUCGAGUUAUGGCUACCCCAAAGAUGAAAUAAUAUAUCAGUGGGCAAGAUAUCGUUCUGUUAUCUUUGGAGAGCCUCGCUUUUGGAGGCUUUAUCAGUUUGCGUUUCUUGGAUUGAGAAAUACAACGGAUCUCGUCAGGACUACUUCUGGAGAUUAUGUUGUGAUGUCUGUGUACUUCGAUCUCAGCAGACGAAUGGGCUACUUCACUAUUCAGACCUAUAUCCCUUGCACAUUGACUGUUGUUUUAUCCUGGGUAUCAUUUUGGAUCAAUAAGGAUGCAGUACCAGCCAGAACAUCAUUAGGCAUCACAACUGUCCUGACUAUGACAACACUGAGCACGAUCGCACGUAAAUCCCUGCCCAAGGUUUCCUAUGUGACUGCUAUGGACCUCUUUGUGUCUGUUUGCUUUAUAUUUGUGUUUGCUGCACUGAUUGAAUAUGGGACCUUGCAUUAUUUUGUCAGUAAUAGAAAGCCCAGCAAAGACAAAGACAAAAAGAAGAAGAAUCACCUUCUUCGGAUGUUUUCAUCAAAGGCACCUACUGUGGAUAUCCGCCCUGGAUCAUCUGCUGUCCAAAUGAACAAUGCCUCACACCUGCAAGAGAGGGAUGAAGAAUAUGGAUACGAGUGUCUGGAUGGCAAAGACUGCACCAGUUUCUUUUGCUGUUUUGAUGAGUGUCGCGCAGGAGCAUGGAGGCAAGGGAGAUUACACAUCCGUAUCACCAAAGUCGAUUCAUAUGCUCGUAUUUUCUUCCCUACAGCUUUUGGUUUGUUUAACUUGGUCUACUGGGUAGGCUACCUUUAUCUGUAAAUAGUAUGAUAGGCAUUUUCUUCUGUUGAUCAUUAAAAGUCACAUGUAAAAAUGGUUAAUUGGAAAAUUGUAAUUUUUAAAGCAUGUCUUACACAGAUUGGUAAUGGAAAAUUGGGUGCAUGUUUUAAUUCCUGGGCCAAAAUUGCUAUGAAUUUUUAAAACUUUUGUUUUCUGUAGUUUUGGAGAAGUGUAUUUUAAAUGAAUUGUUGUAGCAAGCCAAACUCAAUGGCUAAUCUGUUUUCUUGGCACAAAAUGUGGCCAAAAUAAAAAGCACUUUCAAAGUUAGAUUUGCACUGGAGUCAGGCUAAUAUACACUUACAGCUUUGGAACAUUGCUCAGCACUGUGUUUUCCUGAUUUGGAGGGCAAAGAAAUAAAGAAGUCCUGAACAAACUCAUUUAUCCAUAGUUUAUUUCCAUUGUAUCAUGUAAUCUGUGUUAUGAUUAGAGUAGCUGCAAUUAUUAAACAUUAAUACUUCUGGAAAAAUGUCAAUUUUUUAAAAAGGAGAAUCAAGGACUUAACAAGGAGAGAAGUAAAUCAAGAAAUUAAACACAUUUUUUUGUGUUAAAUCUUCAGAUUCUGGAUGUAUGUUUCCAGUGCUUUUUCAUCCCUCUCUUGUUUAUGUCUUUUGCUACCACAUAGACUGUUCCUAUUAGAGGAAAUUUAGUAAUUUCAGCUGAUUGAAGAAUUUUAACCCUAAUGAAGAGAACCAUUAAUAAGAGAUUAUUUUGACAGAGAUAUGAUAACUUUGUUUCACAUACAACUCCACACUUUUUGUUUUGUAGUUGCUUUCCCCUUUAUUCACAUCAUUGCCCAGCAAAGAGAAUAUGAUAUCAUGGCCCUAGGUCACUGCCAGUUCUGCAUGUAACCAUGUCUAGGAGACAGGUUGGAUUAAAGAACCUUAAGGUGGUGGCCUUGAAUUAGCCUUUUCUGUUGUUAACCAUAAGGACAUGCAUAGUCUACAUUUAGUAUUUUCCCUCUUCGUCCCAGAUUCAUCUUCUGAAACUGAAAUAUUUCUUAAGUGGACAAGUUGACAUUUUUAUGAGUGUUAGCAAAAAUUACAAACAGCUAUUACAGCGCAGGGGUUGUACGUACUAGUAUUGUUACCUUAGUGCCAUUGAAAGGAUCACAGAUGUACUUCCUGCUUUGAAAUCUGACCUCAAGGUUUCCAACUUCCAUGCACACGUGUUGCACUGUUAGGGUAUUGAUGCACAUCUUGACAGUUUAAUGUAAAGUUUUAAACAAUAUGUGUAAUUAAAACAGCUGUAGCAGCAUUAUAGUUGUUGAUACCAAUAAAAAUUC